AUUUCCAGGGCGAUCGUUCGCGCACAAGAGAAUACCAAAAUGAUUAUAAGCGGGAACGUGACAGCCAUGAUAACCGUAGACCUCGCGAAGACGAUCGUUAUCGUCCCUCUUCUUCUUCUUCUUCAUACAAGAAUAGUCGUCAUAGCGGCAAUGGCCGCGAUGAACGCUCACGUCACGAUUUGUCAUCUCAAAAUCCUACCUCCUCAUUUCGCCAGCAUAAUCACAAUCGUUCAUUUGAUCAUCGCCACACAGAGCCCUAUGAUCGCACUUCUGAUCGAGCUAGUGGUCGCCAUCGCCGUCGUAGUAACUCUCGUUCCCCAUCACCUCCCCCUACACAGCGACAUUCCCAUAGUAAACGCUCCAAGCAUGAUGAGAAAUCUUAUUCACGACAUCGCACACGAUCACGCUCCGCUACCCCAACACGUUCUGAUUCACGUGAACGCGGCCGUGAAGGACUUGCGCUAGAACAAGCGCGCUUGUCAGCUAUUGAAAUGGAGCGUAAAAUACAACCUGAUAGCCGAGCAUCCAAAGAUAAAGAAGUGCAUACGUCGUCGCAAGGGGGCGGACGUAGUACGGAAGCAUUAUUGUCUCUUCCUCUUAGUGAUACGGCGCCAAAACAGCCUAACUUGAUUGCGGUGGCUCCAGUUUCCUUAAAUAAUGCCGAACCUGCCGUCAUUCAACUACCUAGUUACUAUAAUCCAAAUGUUAUAAACCCUAACAGAUAUGCUGAGCAAGUGCAGAAACGCAAACUACUUUGGGGUGCUAAGAAAUCUGAGGACACGGCGGCAAAAUGGGGUAAUGCUCAAUUUUCACAAGAUACCGAUGGAAAAGUGGCAUCUAAAUUCAUGCGUUUAAUGGGCAUCAAAGGUAGCGGCCCUACAAAGGCGGAGAGUCAAGAAGCUGAGCCGAAAAAUGUGCCGUCUGUGGCGCCUGAUAUCAAAACUCGAGAAGUAAUGUUCUCAAACAUGGAACAGCAGUAUGAAGUUGCGCGUCAAGCAACCCAUACAAUGCGAGGCGUUGGAUUAGGUUUCAGUUCUCAAGCUCGGCCGUUUUAAAAGCAUGAAGGAACCAAGUACUCGGGGGAAAGGUGUAUUUUCGAUUCAGUUUGUUUAAUUUUAACCUAACUUAACCUAAUGAUUCAGAAUGUUAAAUAAAUAAAGUAAAACAUUGUAGAAACCUA